AUGCGUUGGACAACACAGAUGAACAGCAACGCAUUGUGGGCGUAUUUUAGGGCGAAAGGAGGAGAAACUGGAGGUUUUGCGUAUCCGGCAAGGAUGCAUCGACUUUUUGCUGAGCUGGAGCCAUCUGUAACCGUCACCAAGCAAAACCUGGUAGACCGAGUUCGGUAUAUCUUGCGCUCAAAUACAUUUGAUGUCACCGAACUCGAACGGCUACGACGUGAGGCUAUUCCGGCUGAGGAUGCGGCGCCACAACUUGCUGAGCAAACGGCAAACGUGGAUGCCGCCGUGAAUACACGGUCGCAUUCUGGCGCAACCUGUAGUCAGAGCCCGUAA